UUUGACCGCGGCGGCAGUGGCGGCGACUUCAGAGAAAAAAUCCGCGCGAGCGCCCAUCUCUCGACCGCCGCUGGCUUCGAGUGAGAUUACCAGGCGGGCCUGGCCCGCGUCCUAAGAGCGCUCGCACGCGGCGCUCAGCAGCUGCAACUGGAGCCGCUGUCUCGCCACGGCCGUGAAACGCGCGGAUGUUCUUUACUUGGUCACGCGACAGCUGACACAAUGACGGGACGAUGACACGAGAAGCAAACAACGCCCGCGUUUCUAAAUCGCGUUAACUAAAGCCAACCAAACCUUCACAUCGCUUUAAAAGUUCGUUGUUCCUUUCGGUAACAUGACGAGAUUAGCGGUGUUGUGAAUUAACUGACACCGGCCUAGCACAACGCAACGUCUGUGAUGACACGCAUAGUUUUGAAACUUCGAAACUGUCGCGCUUCCAAACGUGGCAGCUUUUCUGUCAGGGGGCACUGCCUCGUUUUUUUCCAGGGGCCUUUAGUCGUGCUGGUUCCCACAGAAGCGCUCGGCGGGGCAAGAACCGCGUAGUUUUCUUCUAGAGAAGACCGCGUGCCCAAGACGUCCGAGCACCACGGCGAUUACAAACGCCGGCGGCCCAACGUGCAAGCGCAUGACGUCCGCUCUAUAUACGCGGUGUGUCUCUCAUUUUACGCGACCUCCUCGCCCACGCUACUCCACCCCGCUCCGACGGGCGAGGCACAAUCACACAACCCGACUAAGGUCGGGCAAAAGAAAAUGAGAACAGCGGCAAAGGCAAAAAAAGAGAAAAGAGGAACGGAUUCCCAAGCAGACGACGCUGUACGAUAGAGGAGGGUCGGCACCCACGGCCAGCGGGGACGGACGCAGACGCCGCAGUUCGCGCUUCAUAUAAACUCCGGUCGAGAUGCGCGAGCCGGCAGUGGUGGUCGCAGUGGUCCUGGUGUUCGUGACGGCGUGUCCGUUCCCGAAAGGCGAUGCCAGUGCCGUGGGGACGGCGGUACACCAGCACGGCCAUCAGCGGCCGCCGCAUGAAAGGAGCCGGCGAGACGCCACGACGAACAGACCACCAGAGCAGACGCCGGCGAAUCCCAAGGGGUUGGACUUGAGCCCCGACCUGUGGCACGGCGUUCCCCCGUUCCUCAAACAGGUGCUGACGUCCAUCGACGACCGGCUGCGCGGCCUGGAUGCGUUCGGGUCGGCACUGCGGCUUACCAGACUCGACUUCUCGCUGGAGCAAGUGCUGCGCAAGCUGGACUCCUUCGACAGCCGACUGGGCAGGCUGGAGGCAAAGCUCGACGUGCGACUCGAGAAAGUCGAGGAGGCGCUCAGCGGACGCGGCAAGGACGCCGCGUCGCCGGCUCAUCAGCAGCAGGAUGCCGCGGACGCCUUCCACCUGAGCCGCCGCUUCGACAUGCUCGCCGACAAGAUGACCAACAAGCUGGCCUUUCUGGAGACCAAGCUGGACAUGCGCGCCGACCGGCUGGCCAACAAGCUAGAGCUGCUCGAGCGCGACCUGCAGGACGCCUCGGAGGACGCGCUCGAGAAAAUGGCGCGCGGCGACGAGGCCCGCGCGCGACUCCACGCGGACCUGUCGCGGCUGGCCGACCUGGCGGAGCGCGCGGACACCGCGCAGCGCCAGACGGCCACGGUGCUGCGCGUCGACGUGGCCGACGUCAUAAAGCGGGCGGACGCCAAGAUGGACCUGUUCAGCCACGAGAUGCUCACGGCGAACACCAUACUGCGCGCACUGCAGCAGCAAGGGAACGCCACGCAGCAGGCGGCAUCGUCCUGCCAGGCGAUGUCGGCUGAUGCGCCCAGCUGGGAACAGGUGACCAACCUGACCGAGCUGGUGGAGAAGAUGGUGCGCGUGGGUGGCGAGCAGCUGCGCGAGAUCGACUCGGACGUCGAGAGCUACACGCGCAAGGUCAUCAACGGCAUCUACGAGCUGCGGCGCGCCACCGACGAGCUGGUGCGCGGCGCCUUCCAGGACACCGUGGAGCAGGGCAACCGCACCCGGGUCCUGGUGCGCGAGGAGUUCCGCAAGCUGCACGAGCAGAUCGAGCCGCUGCCGCUCAUCGAGCCCCGGCUCAGCUUCCUCAGCGAGGGGCUCGAGAAGCGCAUCGUCGAGCUGGGCGCCACGGUGGACCACAGCUUCGCCACGCUGCUCGUGGCCCAGAACUCGUUCAUCUCCUCCUGCCACCGCAUCCAGGAGGAAGAGGUGCAGCUGUACGACCUGCUCGAGCGCAUCAUCCUCGAGAUGCGCAACCGGUCGCUGGGCGACACGCAGCGCAUCAGCGACGAGCUCCAGGGUCACAGCCACGAAGUCGCCGCGCUCCUCAAGGGCGCCGUGAGCGCCGUGUUCGCCGCGGGCAACACCACGCUCGCCGAGGUGCGCAAUUUGCUCGGCAACCGCCGGUCCGAAUGCAAGGAACAGCCGUCGGUUUCCGGCGCUUCCCAAGCGGUCGGCGGCAGUACUGGUAACGGAACCACUGGGACGACAUCGAGUGCGGCUACGACGCCGCCGCCACCACGUUUCGCCACGACAGCGUCUUCCGCAGGCUCCGCUGCUGAUGCCAGGACGAGGGACAGGUCCGAUGGUGCUGGUGGUGGUGGCGGCGGUGGAGGCGCCAGUGGCGUUGCGGCGUCGGCGGCGACGCAGGACUACGACUAUUACGACGACGUCCUCAAAUAGGGGGCGGAAAGACUCGGCGAUAGGUUUGGUCGCGCUCACAGACGUUGGUGCUGAUACCAUACCGCCAAUAUGUUGACUGUAUAUAGGGUGGCGAGAAGGAUUCUCCGCGCUGGGAUCGAUGCGCGGCAAAUGGGCAUGUGCGUAUGUGCUACUUGAUGAAGAGUACGUGUAUGAGGUGUAUACUAAUUCCGGACGCACGUAAACGGCCAGCUGACAAAAAAAAAAAAAAAGAA